AUGUAUCUUCUGAUUAUUCUGAUUAAUUUAUGUUGUGUUUUAAAAGCGAUCAGUAGCUUUUCACCCACAAAAAGUGAUUACGAUGCUUAUGGUCUUAAAAUAGCUGUCAACGAUGUUCUUUUCGUCGAAGUAAAUGGUAAUGCAGAAACGUUUCUUGUUCAAUUUGCUCCAUAUAAUUUUAUAAUUGAUCCACUUCAAUGUACUAUUAAUUUUGAUGAUUCAACACAUUACGUUUAUUCAGUAGGCGUAGCACCGAAUUGCAAUACAACUGCGAAUCCUUACUUUUAUUUUACCGGUGAAGUUGUAUCUUCUGAUUCUUCAAAUACUGAUAGUGCAGGACGUAAUGGAACAUUUAUUGGUGUGUGGAUUAAUCAAGAUCCGCAAUCAGUUCAACAAUAUGUAUCAAGCGGACAACCUUUUUCUUGUGAUCAUUUUGUAGUUGCCAAUCUUGCAUUUAUUUCUUCAUAUGGACAUCAAGACUUUUUUGUCAUGGCUGUUGAACCUUAUGGACAAUAUGUAAUUGGAUUAGCGACACAAUUCGGUUUUAUUUAUCGACCUUUUUCAGGCACAACACUCACUACUAAACAGAGUAGUGUCAUUUGGCCAAACAACUCGACAUUCUAUCCAUGUGCUGCUGAUGCAAGUACUACAUUUACAAUUGUUGCAGGCUAUGUUGCAGGCUCAGUUAGAUCUCGAGUACGAGCUACACCUACGGUUUAUUUAAUAUGGAAUAGCAACCUUACUGUCUUAUCAACAUGGUCUUACAGUGCCACAAAUAAUUCUUGGCAAUCGCGUUUAACUUACUCAAGUAGUAGUACUUGGAAUAGUCAAUAUACGAUGUCAGUGAAAAUUAAUUCUGAUGAUCCAACUCGAGUACUUGUUGGAAUGCCUUAUUUAAAUACAGUUUUUUUAUUUGUCAUCGGUAACAGUGGUACAUCGCUCACCUUGGCCAGUUCACUCGGAACUGGUAAUUCAGUUGGUUUUGGUAAAAGUGUAACUUGGUUAACAGAGUCACAAGCAGCUAUUCUUACUACAACUUAUUCAGCCAAUUAUUUAACAUAUUACUCGUCGACAGUUUAUUUAUAUACAAACUUAAGUGAUAGCAAUAUUUCUUCAAUACCAUCGGCUGUUUUUCCUAAUGCUCAACAGCCAAUGCCAUCGACGAUCAAUUCAAAAUUAAUUCGCAUGGUAUCAUCACCAUCAUCAAUUGCAGUACUCGAUACAGACGGCGGUGUUCUUAUCGUAUUAUCUGAAGUCGCAGGUUCUUACGCAUCAACAGACACAACUUAUUCUCCCAUAGCUGCUGCAAUGCCUGUAAUAAGUCAUUCAACUACAUGCAUAGGAGGUACUUAUAAAUCAGAUGCUGGCGUUCAUCCUUGCACAUUAUGCCCAAGUGGAUCACAAAAUUCAGGUGGCACGACUGGCACAGCCUGUACUCCAUGUUCGUCAGACGGUUUUUGUCCAUUGGGAGCUGUCCUAGAAAUAAAUAUGAGUUUAUUAGCUUCUGUAUCACAAGCAUAUGCAUAUCCUCGUUCACCUGACUUGAAUGUAUACGAAGAUGUACUUCUUCAUCAUAUGUUUUCGAUCGAUUCAACUGGUCAUUGUAUCUCAGUUUCACCAAUUUUCUGGACAGUGAUGCUUAUGAUUGUGUUACUUGUUUUCUUUAUUGGCGUGGGUUUUCUCAGGUUGUGUGUUACAUCAUAUCAACAUGACCGAUUAUUCCUUACGGUUAAGAUGAUUUUUGAAAGAACAGAUCUUAUUGGUGAAGGUGAACUAUGGAUUGGCGGACUGGUAUCACUAGCUAUUAUUUUAACCACAGCAAUGGCUUAUGCUUUCGCCAACUCAUAUUUGAAUCAAUAUCCGUCAGAAUCAGUAGGACCAUCAAAUUUUGCCUGUGAUACUACUAUUCGAAACGCACAAUUUGCAACAAAUCUUCAAGCUUUAGCUGUGCCCAUAUCUAGUGACCAGCAAAUCAUUUUUGAUUUAUUGAAUCAACAAAAUUUUACUCUAUAUUUACAAUUCAUCAAUACAGCUGCCAGUUGUGCGAGUCUUACAAUUUCACAAGUUACUGAUUCAGCAACAGUAUCUCUACGUUUCUUAUCAUGCUCUCAGGUAAAUGGCACACUGUUAGCAAGAGUGUUGUUGCCAGAACAUGACAUAAAAAUUACGGCUACGCUGAGUGAAGUUCAAGUUGUUGGUGGCAUCAUGGUUGGCCUGGACGGUCCAAGCGCAGAAACCGAGUUUUGCUCAUUAAAAGAAUUAAACUUUCGCCAAUCAUUUUAUAGCCCAUCAGCGGAAACUCUUGCUCAAGCAGCAACAAUAAGUAUGGGACUCACUAAGGCUAUCAACGAAACAGGACCAUUGUCGGGUAGUGAUUCAUUUUUCGAAGGUAUAUGGUAUCCGACAUUCACGUAUAGUCUUAGCCAAAUGUUCAUAUCAGCUGACACGUAUACAAUGACUGCUAAUCUUACAUCAACUACAAUUACCAUUAACAUAGCUGAAACAUCAUAUUACAUAAAAAAUGAUCAAUCACCUAUUGCUAAACAGGCAGAAAUUGUAAUUCGUACUCUCUUAUUUGCAUGUUUGUGUCUUGAAAUGUGUUCAACCACAUUUGUCAUUUGCAAGCUGCUUUUGAUUCCGAUCUACAAAAGGAUUUCUGCUCCUCUUUGUCCAAAAUUUAUGAAUAUUGUUGAACCAACACAUGAGAUGGCAUCGGCUCAUCAUUAA